AUGCGCUUCUCCGUUGCUGCUCUCGUCUCUGCCUUCGCGGCCCUCGCUGCUGCCUACACCACCCCCGACUACUCCAACCCUCCUCAGGGUAACGCCGUCCGUGCCCCCGGCCUGAACGAGCAGGUCCCCGAGGGCAAGCCCUACACCAUCAAGUGGGAUCACGACCUCGGCAAGACCGUCUCCAUCGUCCUCCUGCGCGGUCCCUCCACCAACGUCGUGCCCAUCGCGACCAUCGCUGAGAGCAUCCCCAACUCCGGCGAGUUUGUCUGGACCCCCAGCGCCAGCCUGACCCCCGAUGUCACCCACUACGGUCUCCUGAUCGUCGUCGAGGAUGCCGGUGCCAACCACGGUGCCUACCAGUGGUCUACCCAGUUCGGUCUCUCCAAGGCUGAGGGCUCCACUACCACCACCACCGCUACCACCGCUACCACCGCGAUCACCACCCCCAGCGGUUCCCACACUACUGCCACUUCCUCCUCGACCUCCAAGCUGACCAUCACCACCGUCAUCGAUGAUGUUACCACCACCUACUGCCCCGAGGAUCAGAGCAGCUCUACUGCCGUUUCCACCGUCAUCAGCUCUUGGGAGGUCACCACCACCAUCUGCCCCGAGACCACUGAGACUCCCGCUCCCACUGCUUCUUCCUCCCGUGUUGCCGUUUCCCCCGUUAGCUCCAGCACCCUGAAGAGCACCCCCUACAUCCCCGCUGGCACUGCCACCGCCACCUCUACCUCCACUGCCACUGCUCUGCCUACCUCCACCACUGCUUUCAACGCUGCCGGUCGCAACGUCAUCUCCUUCGGUGCUGUUGUCGCUGGUGUCGCUGCCUUCAUGGCCCUGUAA